GAAAGGCGCGUGAGCUUUCCAACUGCACAGCGCGGUCGCUUGGGCGCGCGAGUGCGCGAGACACUAGAACCGGUCGAACUAGUGAGGGAGGCAGACAUCCAUGCAGUGCUUCGUCAUUCUCGUAGCCUACGUAUUAAUGAAACGCAAGUAGUUCAGGAGAGACUGGCUGAGCGCAAAGCGAUCUGUGCAUGGAGAACGGAGCUUGUGGAAACAUUUCUUUAGGAAGAAGAAGAAGAAAAAGAGCAGAAAGGACCGCAACUGAGACGGAACCGGAUGCAUGAAAAGGAAAAGUUCAUUCUUACAGUAUGAUGCAGGAAUUAAAAAAACAAACAUUGUUUUUCGUGGAUCGCCUAAACGCAUUGUGACGCACAGAACUGAGUGGUGAAGCGCACGUAUGUAUGGACACUUAUUAAGGAUUUGGAGACACUGAUUGUGCACGAGAUCAGGGAUUCCCUUAUAAACCGGAGAAAGGAAAACCAGGCGAAUGCAAUUAGGCUUUCAUUAAGAUGUAGCCUGAAGUGCGCACCGCUUCCCAGAACCAACCGUGCAGAAUUCUCUCCCAGGCACUAUAAUGAAUCCAGCAUCCUAGCUCUUAUACAUUACAUUCAGACAGAGUUGGAACAUGUGGAAGUGACUAAAGACGAAGGCGAACGCAUGCUUUCUUCCUUUACAGAGCUUCAUUAGGUUCCUCUGGGUGUUGCUCCAAGCCUGAGACAUCAGGGAGGUUUCGGCGAUCAUGCAUUUCCUUCUGCGUCCUCAGGUGUUUUCCAUCUGGAUCACACUGUUCUCUGGGGCCACAGCAGAGCUCACAUGUGAUACGCUGCUCCUUCUCUCCACCAACCUCACAGCUCGCACCUUAAUGCUAUGGAAUCAGACAACGAGCUCAAGCAAUGCCACAGGUUUAUUCUGUAAUAUAUCUAUAGAUGGCAUCGGGACUUGUUGGCCCAGGAGCAGCGCGGGGGAGAUAGUAGCACGGCCGUGCCCUGAGACCUUCUUGGGUGUCCGCUACAACACCACCAAUAACGUCUACAGAGAAUGUCUGGCCAAUGGAACUUGGGCGAAGAAGGGAAACUAUUCUCAGUGUCAGGAGAUUCUCAAUGAAGAGAAAAGGAGCAAGCUGCACUACCACAUUGCAGUGAUUAUAAACUACCUUGGCCACUGCAUCUCUCUCGGAGCUCUUCUGGUUGCCUUCAUUCUCUUUAUGAGGCUAAGGAGCAUCCGAUGCCUUAGGAACAUCAUUCACUGGAAUCUGAUUACAGCUUUUAUCCUGCGCAAUGCAACGUGGUUCGUCGUGCAGCUGACCAUGAACCCAGAGGUGCAUGAGAGCAACGUGAUUUGGUGCAGGCUGGUUACAGCAGCAUAUAAUUACUUUCAUGUGACCAACUUCUUCUGGAUGUUUGGUGAGGGCUGCUAUCUGCACACAGCCAUCGUGCUGACCUACUCCACCGAUAAGCUCAGGAAGUGGAUGUUCAUCUGUAUCGGCUGGUGUAUUCCCUUUCCUAUCAUCGUUGCAUGGGCCAUUGGUAAGCUGUACUACGACAAUGAAAAGUGCUGGUUCGGAAAGCGAGCUGGGGUUUAUACUGACUACAUCUACCAGGGUCCCAUGAUCCUUGUUCUUCUGAUCAACUUUAUUUUCCUUUUCAACAUCGUGAGGAUCCUGAUGACGAAGCUAAGAGCCUCCACCACAUCAGAGACAAUUCAGUAUAGGAAAGCAGUAAAGGCAACUCUGGUCCUGCUGCCUCUCCUCGGCAUCACCUACAUGCUUUUCUUCGUCAACCCCGGAGAGGACGAAAUCUCCCAAAUCGUCUUCAUCUAUUUCAAUUCUUUCCUUGAGUCAUUUCAAGGUUUUUUCGUGUCCGUGUUUUAUUGCUUCCUGAACAGUGAAGUCCGUUCCGCUGUCCGGAAGCGCUGGCACCGUUGGCAGGAUAAGCACUCGAUCAGGGCACGGGUGGCACGGGCCAUGUCCAUUCCCACCUCGCCCACUCGGGUCAGCUUCCACAGCAUCAAGCAGUCAUCCGCUGUCUGAUCUUAACUCAUAUAGAGCACUACAACUUUCCUUUUAGUGCACUCCCCCUUAUCCUCCAUUGCUAAGGAAACCCAGGGAACAGCUGCAGUCCAAACAGGGUACAAGACCUUCUGUUGAAUAAUGCCCCGAAAAGUGGUGUGCAGAUGUAGACACAAGUUCUGGACAUGUCUACCAGCCUGGUGCAGAAAAGAGAGAUGGGAGAAAGAAACCUGAAGCAGGAGUUACCCUCUGAUCAAGUGAAAGGGGGGUGAGACCAUUUGAUCAUCCUUUGAAGAAUUAGAGGUAGAAAUUCCGAGCUCUGUGAUGGGGCCUGUCUGGUUGUAAUGGUCAACCUUUAAUUUUAUUAUUAUUUUUUCUUCUUUUUGUGUGAGGGAUUUUUCAGUCGGAGACCGCUGGGGUCAAAUCAGGAUAAAGUCGGUUCAGGAUAACGAAGCCUGGAAGCAUUAUUGAGAAGUCUGGCAAAUACCUGCAGAUUCAAAACAAAGUAUUUGGCAAACUUUGACAGUGACACUUUCCAUGUGGUGAAAGAUGGAACAUGUCUGUUGGGGAUAAAAAAAAAAUUUGUUGGUACUAGAUAGCUGAAGUAUUGUAUAUUAGAAUGGGUACAUGUUCAGAGAACAUAUGGACCAUCUCUCAAAUAUGAAACAAUUGCAGCUUUCUCAGUCUGAUGCCCUUUAACAUAAGGAUUUCAAACAUUUCAAUCAUGAAUACUCAGUUGUUGUUUUUUUAGCUAUGAAAGGCAGUCAAUUAUCACAGAAAGGGUUCAGAGGUUUGUUAAAACACUACGCUUUCUAAUAUCACAGCUUCUCAAGUGUUUUCCCACGAUUUGUACUAUUCCGUUAAGCAAGUUAAACCGAAAGAUUUACUAAGACGGUAGUAACUAUAAUCAACCCCAGAAGCUGGCAUAUAGUUUGUGAGGUUUUUUUUAAAGUAUUCAUUCAUGAGGACCAAUAAUAUAAUCUUAGAAACUAUGAAAUUGAACAAAUAUGAUUAUUGUGUAUUGAUUCUUGCAUUUUGUCCAUUCACUGCAGUAUGGAAAGCUAUUGAGUUUUUUUCACUUUACUAGUCCUUCAAAUAGUCAUCCGUACUUUAGCACACUGUGAAGAUUUGACCGACGUUGUAUAUCGUAUGUCUAAACUAUCUCCAUCCAAAUUGGGACAGAUUUUAAAAACAAAAGCAGAAAGAAGUGAGCACCGUCAUGCAUUUUACUGCAUGACCAUUAUAAGGUUUUGAUGCAAAGAAAAUGCUUUGAUAAAGAAAGAAAAACAAACAGUUUAAACCAAGAUAAAAAAAAACUGUUACGUACUAUUUUUAGGGACUGUAACCCUAUGGCCAACUAGAAGUAUUCAGUUAUCUAGCUUUCUGUUUUGAUAUUGCUUCAUUCUACAAAUUACUUCAGGCAAACAAGGUGCAUACAAAGCAAGAUGCACUAGAAAUAAGAAAAGGCAAUGAGAAGAGGAUAAGGAUUCUCUAAAUAUAAACCCAAACCGCACCAAAAGCAUGUAGAGGCGUGUGAGAGGAUUUGAUUGUGCUUUAAAUAGACACAGUUUCAGUGUUCCAGCUUUAAAGCCCUGUAAAUUUGUACAGAAACUAGAAACACAGUUGGACUUUGAUCACUCGAGCUUCUUGCAAAAAGUCAGAAAGUGUCAAGCACAAGAAGGCAGCCAUUAUGUUAAUUGUAGAAAGUGUUUUUUUCUUCCUAAGGCAGUGUUUCUUUUCUUUUGAUAAAGCAUGCUGAUAAAACAUUUAGGAGAGAUAUAUGAGAUGGCAGAAGAUUAAAGUUGCACUGCCCCAGGGAUCUAAAAUUCUAAUCCAAUCUAUGAUCUGUGCCAUUGGGAUUGAACUAUAAAGCUGUUCAUAUCAGUAAGAAGGACACCAUCUGCAAACAUCAUUCAGAUCUCUCUGAAUUUGAGAAACGUACAAGCCAGAGUGAGGAAAUGUUCACUCAGAACUUCUGCUGUAACCCAACAUUCACACUGUUAACCAAGUGUCAACAUAAUAGCCAACCAUUUAUUUUCACUGUACAUACAGUAAAUAUCAUUGUCAAGCAACAUUAGAAUUAAGCUUUUCUCAGUUCUACUAAUAAUGACUUAGAAAUUAGUAAGAUAUUAUGAAAAAAAAAACAUGAUAACAUAGUUAGUACAGCUACCUUGUAUUAAUAAUUUAGUUAGUAUGAAGCCUACCCUGUAACAAUCACACACAAAUUCACAAUGAAUAGUCAUGAAUUUGUAGUUCAUGGCUAGAAUGGUCACUAAAUUUAAUUCACUUAAAAUGAGUUAGAUAUAGAAGUCAAAUGUAUAGCUAUUCUUUGUCAUGGUACAGAAAAAUGGUGGAAGGCUAGUAAACUCAAAAACAAUUACAUCAUCGGUAUACUCCAAGAUGUGACAGAUACAAGCAAUAGGACCGACUGUUUUGAUAGAUGUCUACGAUAGAUGUGCAAUUGAUCAAGACUGGAUUUAUCAAAGGUAAACUAAAAUGAGUAAUUAAUAUACAAUAGUAGCUGAAUGACAGCAUCUGAAUACUACAAUAUUUUAGUUUGAUCAAUAAUAUGGAUGUCUGUGUUGAUACAUAUGUUGAUAUAUAAAACAUAUUUUGCUAGAGUUGCACUUAGAAGUGCACUUAGGAAUAACACAAUCCUAGCUGGUUUUUCUCUGCCAACUGAUUUAGGAUAAUUUUAUCCCGAUUUGGUCUUGGUCUUAUAUCAGAGUUUGCCCACUGGUGUUUGUUCACUGCAGUUUACAGUAUAAUGCAGUUUGGUCUGUUGUUUUAUGUUUUUAUACUCUUUAGAGUUGGUCUUGUCUUGGCCAUGACUUGGCCAUCUACCCUAACCAGAAUUCUAAAAUCUCAUCUCAGAUUCAAAAGAAAUCUAAAACUAUAACUUUUUGGAAACGUGUCCCCUUUGGACCUGAUAUUGUUAAACUGGUAGAUGAAGCAUCAGUGGCAAACAUUCCUGUGUUCGUUCAGCACUCCUUAAUCCACUCAGUUUUGUUGUUUGUUGCUUUAUGAUAAAAUAAGACACAUUUCUAGAAUGAGUAAAAAAGUUGAGCUUCAGACAGAAGUAUUGAUCGCCAUAAAGAAACAUUUCAUUCUCUGUGAUGGUUUAUACUCGUGAGUCCCCAAAUGUGCAGUAAAAUGGUAGCGAGAGUACUUUAAGUGCUCUUUCAGACAUUCACAAUGCUAGAUCUAUUACUUCAGACUGAGAACGCCAAAAAAAUACAAAAAACAAUAUGUUUUUCAUUCAGUGAUGAGACUCGCUUUGACAGAUGCUGAUGGAUAUAUUAUUUUUUGUGCAAUCAUUAUUAAAGACGAUCACACCGGUUUCUCCAUAAUCAAGCAUUUAAAUGACAUGAAAACCUGCACAAUUAUGUCCAUCUCUGUAAGUUUCCCCAUUAAAGUGGGGAUCUUGGUUCGAAAAAACAUCUCACAGGUCCAUGAUUAUGAGCCUCAGCUGACCGAGACCUGUGAUCUACAAACUGUUGACUCUGGGCACUGAGCAGCACCUAACCAUUGGAUGAUAUCCAUAAAGCACUGACACUCAGGAUCUAUAGCGUUGCUACAUUCUCCCAUGUCCUAUAUAUUCUCUAGUGUGUUAGUCAAGUGUCAAGGUGAAGCAGCUAAGCAUGUAUGUAAUUCUGUGCAUUCAGCCAGCGCUUUCUAUGUAUAACAUAUUUAAUUAUAUAUAACCAUGUACAGCCGCUGUAUUUAAAUUCUUUUUUUUAACAUAUAUGUACCUAACAUUUCUGGCUUUUACUCCCAACAUUUAAACAGAAAAAUCACUUUCUACGCAAUGCAUUUCUCUAUACUCCUUUAUUUAGUCAUAAGACAACCUUUCAGUAUCAGCUUCAAUAGCUACCUUGAAGUACUAACUAACACUAAACUAAACAGCAAUAAUCUAAUUAGACAUCUAAUACUGGGCUCUAUAAAGUGUUUGUUGCUACUUAUACUGCUUAUUAAUCAGAAUUAUUUGCAUUGUAAGAGCUAGAAUUUUAAGAUAUUUGCAUUCAGCUAGUUUGCU